GGUCUGAUGCGUCUCGAUCAGACUUCCACUCCGGUCCUAGGACCAACAGGGCUGGGUCUAUAAAGUCCACCACUAGUGCGGAGACGAAUACUUCAAGCUUGACAGGAGGCGCAAAGAAACGCGUCGAGCCCAUGUUCAAUUUGACGAUACACAAUGUCAUGCAACCCACGGUCGUCACUGACGCUGCGACAGACGCAAAGGUGGCAAAAGUGAGAGAACUCGGCAUUCCCCGUAUUCAGGCUGAUCAUUUCGGCACAGUUCAUGAAGCGCUCGGUGGACAUUCUCGGGGUAGGCACUGUGGAACCAACCGAAAUUUGGUCGCCUGUCCCUCGAGAGGGACUACAACGCCCUCUAUCAGCCACUGGGGGUUUGCACUCCGAUAUCGAUUCAAGCGGAUCUGCUCAGAUUGCUACACUUCAGAAGCGCUCACCAGCGGCCGAACAUCAAGGCGAAGCGGAGAGAGGGUCGGUCACUGCUUCGGGAUCUCUCAGACAGAGUCUAGAUUCCGCUUCGCUCUCCAUCGAUACGCGACGUCAAGAGCGCACAUCGCGUAACUUUUUAGGCCGAAUCUUCAAGAAGCGAGGAGGAGAUCAGGAAGUCGUGACAUCACCUGGUGUGGAUUCCAAAAACUGCAAAGCGGAAGAUAUCAGUUCUAACCGCUCAGCCAAAAAACGGGCUCCUCGAUCUCUGUCGCCGAAUCCAGCCGUUAUGAUCCAGCCUACACUCAGUGAUGCUUCUAAGGAUGAGUCGGUUCAUCUACCGGUAUCCAUCGGCCAGCCAACAUUUGGAACGACUCCUUCUAUCCAAUCAGCAGAUCGAGCUUGCGCGAUCGUGACCGAGUCCGGAGCGGUUGGCGGUCUUACAUCGUUGGCCUUGCCGCCGCCCAUAGAUUCUCGUGCCCCUAAUGGGAAGAAUGUGGGUGGUACGCAGUACUUUUCAUUGUGCCAAUCAUCUCGGCCAGUCGGAUAUUCUUGGAAAAUCAGCAAAUGGUCCAAGAAGCGCUUGGAAAAGUGGAUUCGGCAGCUGGGUGGAUCAGGAGGAAAUACACUCUUGCAGACUGCUGAAGGCGGAGUCGUGUUUGAAUGGGUGAAACUCAGAAUGCCGCAGGACGCGCUGAAUGGCGCAUUGAGCAGGAAGCUGGCGCAAGCUGGAGCGCAGCCGACCGUUGUCAUUGGUAAUCAGCCAGGCUCAAAUCGCAAAACCCCUACCGCUCCCCUCACGCCUUCCUUCUCGCUAGAUGCAGAGACAAGGGAGGCAGCCUCUGUUUCGCCGAGCGAAGUGGAGGAUGAUGCCGGCAGUCAUACUUCACGGUCCAACUCUCACGUUGGAUCUGCCUCAAUAGAUCAACCCGACGGCUCCCUCUCCGACCACACGAUCGACAGUGGGGACGAGUCCGAACCAGAGGACUCUGAGACUCCAUGGACGUGCUCAGUAUGGAUAAAGCGCACUGGUCUCAGAAUCCCGUUGGCGACGUUGACUCCCGCCCCUCAUCAUCCCAAAGUCAUUGGCGUCCUGAAAAUUCCUACAGAGCUCGAUCUUGUCAGAUUGGGUUUUGGUGCAGACGCUGUUGAGAGACGAUCCCUCGAAGCCAUUGGCCUGUCUGAAGAGAAUGUCAAGGAUGUUGUUUGCGUGACGGCCAUGUGGCUCGUUGCCAGAGAAGAGUUUGGAGGUUUGGGGAAGAAGAGGAGAGGCUCCAAGAUUUGAGAGCUCUGGGGCUUUUUUGACUGCUUUGUACAAAUUAUUACACUCACAUCACCCAUAAUUAUUUGUAUCGCAUAUUCUCUCAUCAUCACUUGUCGAAUGAUCAUGCAGUCAUGCAGAGGAUCUGUGCCGCAGCUUCAAGGAGCGGCAUGAGCUUGCAGAGAGCUGCUUUGGAACGCAUCUUUCAAACAAGAUCUCCGAAAUACAUGCAUUCUACCGCCAGAAUGAAGACACCGAUUCCCGUCAUAAAGACCCUGUCCGAGCUCAGACAUUGGAGGCAAGCGGCGCGAAUGGCAAACAACGAUGUAGCGAUUGUACCAACGGUACGCAUGACCA